UAUCAUCCAACAAGAAAAAAUGGCCGACGCAAUCCUGUAUGGCGUUGCACAGAAGAUCAUUGAAACGUUGGGCUCCUCCACUCUCAAACAGAUUGGAUCCAUCUGGGGUGUCAAAGAUGAUCUCGAAAAAAUGAAGAACACUGUUUCCACCAUUCAAGCUGUACUUGUGGAUGCAGAGGAGCAACGGUUCAAGAACCACCAAGUCAAGGACUGGCUCAUGAAGCUCAGAGAUGCAGUUUUUGAUGCUGAUGACUUGUUGAGCGAGGUCUCCACUCAUGUGUUGCGGCAAAAUGUGAUGGGUGGUGAUAAAAUGGCAAAGAAGGUACGUAUUUUCUUUUCAAGUUCAAACCAACUCGUUUUUAGUCUUAACAUGGCUUGCAAAAUAAAAGCUAUGAGGGAGAGGCUUAAUGAUAUAUCAAAUGAUAGGGACCAAUUUCAGUUGAAGUUGGUAGGUUGUCCUUUAGAGACACGAGUUGUGACUAGGGGGAGGGAUCAAACUCACUCUUUUGUACCUGAUGAAGAAGUUAUCGGGAGAGAAAAGGAUAAGCAAGCCAUCAUAGAUCUGUUGUUGGACUUUGACGGGGAAGAUAAUGUUUCAUUCAUAUCAAUAGUGGGAAUUGGUGGGCUAGGAAAAACCACACUGGCCCAAUAUGUAUUCAAUGAUAAGAAGGUCCAAACUAAUUUUGAAUUGAAGAUAUGGGUGUGUGUCUCUGAUGUCUUUGAUAUUAAAACAAUUGUCGAAAUGAUAAUUGGAUCUACAACUAGUAAAAAACCCGAAAACCUAGACAUGGAUCCAUUGCAAAAUGAACUUCGUAGAACUAUCAACCAAAAGAAGUACUUACUUGUAUUGGAUGAUGUCUGGAAUGAGGAUAAUGAAAAUUGGUAUAAUUUGAAAAGACUUUUGAUGGGUGGUGCAAAGGGAAGUAAGGUGGUGAUAACUACGCGAACCAACAUGGUUGCGGAGAUUACUAGUACCAUCUCACCGUAUUUUCUAAAAGGCUUGUCAAGGGAUCAAUCUUGGUCAUUAUUGAAGAAAAUGGCAUUUAAAAAAGGCCAGGAGACCAUCAAUUCUAACCUCGAAGCAAUUGGGAUGGACAUAGUAGAAAAAUGUCAAGGAGUACCUCUUGCUAUAAGGACAAUAGGAAAAGUCUUAUUCUUCAAAAAAACUGAAGUUGAGUGGUCAUACAUCAAGAAUACUAAACUCACGGAUGUAACUCAAUUAAAAGAUGGUAUUAUGCCGGUUUUAAAAUUGAGUUACAAUUAUCUCCCAUCACAUUUAAAAUGUUGUUUUGCAUAUUGUUCAUUGUUUCCCAAAGAUUAUUUGAUCGAUAAGUUGACAUUGAUACAAUUAUGGAUAUCAUAAGGUUUUAUCCAAUCAUCUGAGGAGAGCCGUGAACUAGAGCAUGUUGCCAAUGAGUACUUCAUGGAGCUACUUUGGAGAUCCUUCUUCCAAGAAGCAGAAGAAGAUGGAGGCAUGAAUAGGAAGUUUAAAAUGCAUGACUUAAUCCAUGAUCUUGCACAAUAUGUAUCAAAUACUGAUUGUAUACUGGUUGAUACUAGUGCAAAAAAUGUGAAAGAAAAAGGACGCCAUCUAUCGUUUCCAUUUUACAAUGUUUCAUUCUUUGAGGAGAAUUUAAGCACCUUGGUAAAAGCAAAUAAGAUUAGAACAUUUAUAUUGGCAAACAAUAAUUGGAAGUAUGAUCAUGGAACAAUUGAAGAAUUAACUCUCAAAACUCUUAUUUCUAGUUUUAGAUACUUGCGUGCCUUGGACUUACAUGGUUUAAAAUUUAAUAUAUUGCCAAAUGCCAUUGGUAAGUUGAUGCAUCUGAAGUACCUUGAUCUCUCCUAUAAUGAAAUUGAAGUUCUCCCUAGUUCUAUUACUAGAUUAGUGAAUUUGCAAACAUUAAAGCUCUCUUGUUGUACUAAUCUUAAGGAGUUACCAACAAAUUUUCAAAAAUUGGUUAGCCUCAAGUACGUUUACAUAAAUAAUUGUGAGAAUUAGACUCUUAUGCCAUAUGGAUUUGGGCAAUUGACUUCUCUUCAAACAUUAGAUCUCUCUUGUUGUACAAUGCUUCGGGAAUUACCAACAAAUAUUCGAAAAUUGGUCAGCCUCAAACACCUCGACAUAAAUGGUUGUAAGAAUUUGUCUCAUAUGCCCCGUGAAUUUGGGCAAUUGACUUCUCUUCAAACAUUAAAUCUCUCUCAAUGUGAAAAGCUAAGUGAGUUACCAGCUGACAUGCAAAAAUUGGUCAGCCUCAGGGACCUUAACAUAAAUGGUUGUGAGAAUUUGACUCAUAUGCCAAAUGAAUUAGGACAAUUGACUUCUCUUCAAACAUUAAAUAUAGGCAAUUGUAAGAAGUGCCAAUAUUUGCCACCGCUAUAUCAACUCCCAUCUCUCCGACAACUACAUAUUCGGGAAAUGUAUGGGCUGGAGUACAUGACAGACGGUGAUAUCAAUGAUGAGAUAUCUGCUUCACUUGCAUCACCAUCAACAUUUUUCCCAUCUCUUGAGAGAUUCUAUCUCGAGAAUUGCCCAAAUCUAAAAGGAUGGUGGGGGAGGGAUAUUGUGGAUAAGGGCAAGGAGGCAACAGCGACAUCAACAAUACCCUUGCCUUCCUUUCCGUGUCUUUCAUUUUUUAGUUUCUGGGAUUGCCCUAAGAUGACGAAUUGGAUGCCGCUAUUUCCAAAUCUUGAAGGGCUCUAUAUGAUUAAUACCAGCUGGAAGCCAUUGGAACAGACGAUUGAGAUGAAGACGAUGAAUACGGCUUCUACAUUUCCGUCCUCUUCCUCCUCCCCUCUCUCCAAAUUAAAGGAUUUGUAUAUGAGGGAGGUGCAGGACUUGGAGUCUCUGCCAGAGGAGUGGUUGAAAAGCCUAACUUCUCUUAAGAGAUUAGAGAUUUGGGAGUGUCCCAAUCUGACGUCGGUUCCCGAAGGGAUGAGUCAACUCACCUCUUUACAGACCCUGAAUAUUUGUGGUUGUCCCCCAUUAGAGCAAAGAUGCGAGAAGGAAAAUGGAGAGGAUUGGGCCAAUAUUUCUCACUUCCCUGAAAGAACAAGAGGAUUUCAAAUGGGAGAAUCACAGAGAUUUAAGCCAAGCUUGAGCAACUCUCUUGCACACGAAAGGACGGAGACGCACACCUUGCUGCUUUAGGGAAGCGCUCAGAGGGGAGAAGACAGCAAGAGGGAAAUCACUGUGAUCGUGGCAUGUACUGUAGAAGAAGAUGGAGACGUCAUUAUGGAUUUAGAGCAAAUGGAUGAGCUAGAAGAAGCUAUUGUUGACGUCUGACAAGUUGGUAUGUAAGAUUCUUCUAGACAACGGGCCGUUUCAUACAUGGAUGAUGAUGAAGGAAAAAAAACAAAAACACAUUGAAAUAGUUUGAAGCACAAAGCAAACUUUGAAAGGGUGCCAGCAGGAAACAGGGGACAAUUGGUAAAAAUUGCUCACCUAGAGUUUGGAGGGAAUGAACCUGUCCAUCAGAGUUGGUGCUUAUUCAAAAGUUUAGGGCUCUGUAAUUGUGCAACAAGCCAGCUAUUGAAGCAUGGGUAAAUUAAGGUUUUAUAGCUUACAAUCAUGGCUUGCUUCAAAGAGUUUGAAUUAUAAAAGUAAUGAACAAUGGAAUAUAUACAAGACAAAAUCAAGGUUAUAGUGUCUUUUAGGCUCCAUCCAAAGGUAAUUUUAGCUGUACAUAAGAAAUUACUGUGAAAUCUGCUGGAGCUGCUGCCAUGGAUUGUGUACAAGAAGUUGAAGAAGAAAUAUAACAUCACCAGCAUGAAGCUGCUUAAACUUGGGCUGAUUCUAUAAAUGGCUGGGAGCUACUCCCUAUGCAUUCAAGUGCAAGAUAUGCACAUUAUAUUACAAACAUUGGUUCCACCGGGAAACCUUCUAAUACAAGUUUCAUCGUGGGAGGUGAAUAUAAGAAACAAGACAGUCUGCAACAUCAUUUCAAUUUUUCUUGAAUUAUUGGGCUUUGAUGAUUUAAUUGGUUUCAAAAGUGAUGGGGAAAAAGAAUGUCAUGAUAUUGAUGAGCCAAGCUUGUGGUAUGGGAGGAGAAUUGGGUUCAAAGAUGAUUGGAUUUGCAGAGAAGACAGCCCUCAUGAGUCAUGACUGUAAUCAUGUUUGGAAGCAAGUGUGUGUUGAGUUAUACACUAGAAACCAGUUGCGUUGAUGUUAACAAGGCCUGUGGUUUGGAUGGGCUUUUGCACUACAUUUUGUUGCUGAUGUGGACUUUGCCAUUUCAACUGAGCUUACUAAGCUCUUGCUUGAUGCUUCUGCACUUCAAUAUGUCUUGUUGUAUACUGUUGACUAUGUACAGUACACCUUGUUCGUUUUAUUCUUGCUGUUUCUUUGCUCUGUAGUAAUUGUAUUUAAAUAAAUAUAGUGUAAUAGAACAUAUAUAUAUUUGGUGUGGAUGUUGAUUUCUAUAAUCAUGCAUUUUGGAUA